CAUCCUUUCCUAUUCCUUCCUUUCCUUUUCCUUCCUUUCCUUUCAUACGCUCUUCACCGCACCGCACCGCCUCGUUUACUUACCCCUUUCCUUGCUUUGUCUUGCUUCCAGUUGCGGCAACGCCGCGAAGAGUACCUUGGGCGCUUCAUCAUUCGAUGCGAUCGUGUGACGUAAGACAUCCUUUUCAGUGCUGUGCUCGCUGCACUCGCUGCUUCAGGGGCGUGAGCGCAUAAUCCGGAGGGAGCCUUGCAUUGCCAGGUUGAGGAGACUUUCGUGGCGCUUUACCUUGGGAUUGAUGAUUGCGAAGGGAUCGGCGCGAGAGCGAGGAGGCUGAGGGCGCGUGCAUAUGAGGGGCUGUUUUUGUGGGAAGUUGUAAAGGCCUUUUUUGUGGUUGUCUUGGUGGGGUGGGAGCAGUGGCAGGAGAAGAGAAGAGAAGAGGAGAGUGGGUGAGUGAGUGAGAGAGAGCGUCACGCUGGAGAGGGCGGUUUGGAGCCUGGGAGGGGGGAUCGCCAAUGCGUUCUUCAACUCCUUAGAACGGUAUUCGUGUGUGGCGCUUAGUGUCACAGACAGCGACGACGAGGACGGGGAGGGGGGGCGGAGAGCCUGCGCCAGCCGGUUUGGCGGUAUGGGGCUUGAUAAAGGCGACCAUGAGGACAGCGGGAUCGGCGCCCUACGCCUCGUGGGUUGCGAUCGGUUUGUGAGGAAUAAUCCCAAGACAGAUCAUUUCGGGGUGCAGCGCUUUCAUCACAUCGAAUUCUGGUGUGGGGAUGCCUCGAAUACGUGGAGGAGGUUCUCCUGGGGUUUAGGUAUGCACCUUGUAGCAAAAUCGGAUCAGACGACUGGGAACCAAACAUAUUGCAGCUAUGCUAUUCAGUCAAAUGAGCUCGUGUUUGCCUUUACUGCCCCUUACUCAUCUAAGAUUGAUCAGACCAAUACCAAAAUGCCUCACCCUGGCUACAAGAGUAAGGAGGCCAGAAGUUUUGUUGAUGCGCACGGACUGGCCGUGAGGGCGGUGGGAAUCCUAGUGGAUGAUGCUGCUGAAGCUUAUCGCACUAGUGUUGAGCAUGGAGCACUUUCCGUGUUGGAACCUCAUGUUUUGAGUGAUGAUGCGAAGGGUGGUAAAAUGUCUAUGGCAGAGGUGAAGCUCUAUGGUGAUGUGGUUUUGAGAUAUGUUAGCACUCAGGGAUACAAAGGGCCUAUGUUACCCAAUUAUGAGGACGUUGAAUCGCUUCCUCUUACGUAUGGUCUUGUACGACUUGAUCAUGCUGUGGGGAACGUACAUAAUCUGGCAGAGGCCGUAAGCCAGAUUUCUAAGUACACAGGUUUUCACGAAUUUGCUGAGUUUACAGCUGAUGAUGUGGGGACUUCAGAGAGUGGGCUCAACAGUAUGGUCCUGGCCAGUAACAAUGAAAUGGUUUUGCUUCCUCUCAAUGAGCCUACUUUCGGAACUAAACGGAAAUCUCAAAUUCAGACUUAUCUAGAGCACAAUGAAGGUCCAGGGCUGCAGCAUCUUGCUCUAAUUUGUGAUAACAUCUUUUCAACUUUAAAAGAAAUGAGGACUCGCACACACAUUGGAGGUUUUGACUUCAUGCCCAAACCCCCUGCUACUUACUACAAGAAUUUGGCCAAUCGAGUUGGAGAUAUCCUCACCGAGGAACAGAUCAAGCAGUGUGACGAGCUUGGGAUUCUUGUCGACAAGGAUGAUCAGGGUGUGUUGUUGCAGAUUUUUACAAAGCCUGUGGGUGACAGACCAACAAUAUUCAUAGAAAUCAUUCAGAGGAUUGGAUGCAUGGAGAAAGAUGAAACCACUGGCGUAUCAGUUCAGAGGGGAGGUUGCGGUGGCUUUGGCAAGGGAAACUUUUCGGAGCUGUUCAAAUCUAUUGAAGAGUAUGAAAAAACUCUUGAUGGCACUAUAAAAGCGUAAUAAAUGAUUAAGACUGUAGGACAUUUUUAUGCUGUUUGCAUGUAGGUACACAGAUUCUUUAUGACGAGGAUCUAACUCUGAUUUUAGGGGGAAUAUUUGGCUAAGUUUUCACAGGAGAGGAGUUUGAGUUCUUGCUUAACAUAUUUUUGACAGGUCGUCAAAUACUUAGGGUAGCUGGACCUUCACAUACAUGCUUUAUUAGUUGAAGCAUCCACUAUACCAGCGGUAAUUGACAAUUUGGACUGAGGAGUUUGAAGCUCCUUGUAAAUGUAAUAUCGUUCAAGUCACUGAAUAUAUGCGGGCGUUUUUGGAAUCA